AUGAAGAGACCAGCCCAGACCAACCAGUUCAUGAUAACCCUGCUGGCUGAAGGGGAGCACCUAGGAGUCUCCACCACCCCACCACCCACCCCCAGCAUGAAAACCCUAAAGAAACAGUGGUUAGAAGUACUGAGCAUCUACCAAUAUGUGCUCUGUUUCGUCUUCCUGGGCCCUGUCUUUUCCCUUCUUGGCGUCUUCCUCCUCUUCACCUCGCUCUGGUGUUUCUCUCUUCUCUACUUGGUAUGGUUAUUCCUGGACUGGGACACACCCCUGCAAGGUGGAAGGCGUUACCAGUGGUUGAAGAACUGCACUGUUUGGAAACACCUGAGUGAUUAUUUCCCGAUUAAGCUGGUGAAGACAGUAGAGCUGCCCCCAGACAGGAACUACGUGCUAGGGUCCCACCCACAUGGGAUCAUAGCCAUCGGAAGCUUCUGUAACUUCGCCACGGAGGGCACUGGCUCCUCACAGCAGUUCCCAGGGCUUCGGUUCUCACUGGCUGUGUUGAACUGUCUCUUGUACAUACCAGGCCAUCGAGAGUAUUUUCUGUCCUGUGGCUGUGGUCAAGAUGGUGGAGCAGAAGAACGUGCAAUUACCUUCUCCUGCAAGAACUCCAAAAUUACAACUCUCUGCUGAACAACGAUGGACAGG